AUGUCUCACACUUCCUCCUCCACUGCAACAGAUGGAGAUCCGGAAAAGCAAGAGGAGCCAGGUCGAAUCCGCUCUCCAGGCGGCACUCCUCAUAGAAGCCAUUAUGAUGGGCCGAUCGGAGUCAGUAAUGGUCAUGCCAAUGGACACGCCAACGGUCAUACAGACAGCAAAGACGAGCUGAAGGAGUGGCAAUGCUAUGAGAAAUUGGGAUAUUCAUUCCCUUGGUGGAAGAAAUGGGGCAUCAUCUCGGUGAUUUUCGCUGUACAAACCUCGAUGAACUUCAAUGCAAGUUUCUAUGCCAGCAGUAUCUCUCUCUACGCCAAACAUUUUAAUAUCUCAGAGCAGGCUGCUCGAGUUGGUCAAAUGGAUUUCCUUAUUGCAUAUGCCUUCGGCUGCGAAUUCUGGGCUCCAUUCAGUGAGGAGUUUGGUCGAUGGCCUAUCAUGCAGCUCAGUCUGUUAUUGGUUAAUAUCUGGCAACUCCCGUGUGCAUUGGCUCCAAACUUUGGUACCAUUGUAGUAUGCCGCUUGUUGGGUGGUCUUUCAUCAGCAGGAGGCUCGGUGACCUUAGGUAUGGUCGCUGAUAUGUGGGAGGCGGAAGAUCAGCAAUGGGCCGUUGCCUAUGUUGUCCUGUCUUCCGUCGCAGGCUCUGUUAUUGCCCCGAUUAUUGGUGGCUUCGUCGCGACAUUCCUUGACUGGCAUUGGAACUUUUGGUUGCAGCUCAUUUUGGGUGGCUUUGUGCAGAUACUUCAUCUCUUCGUCCCAGAAACGAGGUGCAGCAUCCUGAUCACCAGGGAAGCUCGCAGGAGACGUAAGAAUGGAGAUAUGGUCUGGAGCGGUGAUGAGCUGAGAAAGAAACGUAUGUCUUGCCGAUAUAUUCUCAUGAUUUGGGCUCGCCCGUUUGUCAUGUUUCUUCGCGAGCCAAUCGUUCUAUGUCUCUCACUCUUCAGUGGGUUCAGUGACUCGCUGAUUUUCACUUUCCUACAAUCUUAUACCCCGGUAUACAAACAAUGGGGAUUUAGCACCAUCACUACUGGUCUAGCAUUUAUUCCUAUACUUGUUGGGUACUUUAUUGCAUAUUUCUCGUUCCUGCCAUGGAUUAAGUACCACUCUCACAUCCGUGAGCGAGAUCCCGAUGGCUUGCAGCCGGAGGCUCGUCUUUACUGGCUACUCUGGGUGGCUCCUCUCUUAUCAAUUGGACUGUUUGGUUUCGCCUGGACCAGCCUCGGCCCCCCUCAUGUGCACUGGAUUGCACCGAUGAUAUUUUCAUGUCUCAUUGCAAUAGCGAAUUUCUCUAUCUACAUGGCCACCAUUGACUAUAUGAUUGCAGCGUAUGGACCAUAUUCUGCAUCAGCGACAGGAGGAAAUGGAUUUGCUCGUGACUUCCUCGCUGGUGUGGCAGCAAUGUAUUCGGUACCUAUGUAUACAAAUAUGGGAACUACUCACCACCUUGAGUGGCCUUCUACAUUCCUUGGGUUUAUGGCCAUUCUCUUUACGAUCCCUAUCUACGUUUUCUAUUGGUAUGGCCCUGCUAUUCGUGAAAGAUGCCCAUUUGCACAAACCUUGGCCGCCGACAGAAAGAAAGCUGGACGAAGAAUUUCUCAGUGUGGCUCUGGGGAUCAAGAUCCUGUACAACGAUACUUGGCCGGUGAGGGUGUCACGAUAAGAACAUAG